GAGCCCCUGGCACCUAAGGGCUCUAACAAGCACCUUUUCAUUGGGCAUGAAAAGUCCUUUGGCCUGCAUUCAUGACAGCUGCCCUUUGUCUGUGGGCGCGAUGUGAAGCCACCCUUGUGGAAGGGGGAGCACACAGGGAGGACUUGUACCUAGCUUCCAGGCUGCCAGGACGUGCAUUUUCCCUGUGAACGGGAAGGGAGCUGUUGGAACAAGUGACUCAGGCUGUUGGAGGGGAGGCCAGGAGUGGCAGCCCCACUGGUGCCGGCUCAGGGCCCCGCUUCCCGCACCUCCGGGGAGCCACGGCUGGCUGAGAGGGGAUGGAACUCUCGGCCAAUUGGGCGCUGAUCUGAAGCGGGGGGGGGUAGAGGGGUGGAAACUGCUUCUCCCCCCUCUUCCACCUCCCCGCUGGGGCUGUGAUUCAGUUCCCCUCCCCCAGCCCACCCCCUCUGCUCGGAGGCUGACAGCCGGAGCUGCAGCCUGCUGGAGCCCCGGAGCUGUUUUCCAAGCUGUGGAAGAAAGACCCAGGGAUUUUUUCGCAGCUCCCGAGCGCCUGCUGUGUCCCGGGCCAGACGCAUACGGACAUGGAAAGCGUCAGCCUCCAGCGACCCGCCUGGAAAUGGCAAGUACUGAGUUUGUUUUUGGUCUGCGGCUGGGGCUGGGUCUCCGGGCAGAUCCGCUACUCAGUGGUUGAGGAGUCAGAGGUGGGAACUGUGGUGGGGAACGUGGCCCGGGACCUGGGCUUGAAGGUGGAGGAGCUGCCAGGUCGCAGGCUGCGCCUGGGCUCAGAGGAGAGCCUGCGCCACUUUGCCGUGCACCUGGACAGUGGUGCACUGGUGGUGAGCCAGCAGCUGGACCGGGAACGUCUGUGUGGAGCAGCUGCGAGCUGCCUGCUGUCUGUGCAGGUGGUGACAGAGAACCCCCUGCAGCUCUUCCGCCUGGAAGUGGAGAUCCUGGACCUGAAUGACAACUCCCCAAGCUUCCCCACCGCCCACCGCACCCUGCGUGUUGCUGAGUCUGCCUCAAUGGCUGCGCGCUUCCCCCUGGAGAGCGCACAGGACCCUGAUGUGGGCACCAAUACUGUGGGCUCCUACUGGCUGAGCCCCAACUCCCACUUCUCCCUGGAGGUCAAGCAGCAGCAGGAUGGCAAACUCUUCCCAGAGCUGGUGCUGGAGCAUGCCCUGGACCGGGAAGAACAGCCAGAAUUGCAGCUGGUACUAACAGCUGUGGAUGGGGGAAGCCCAGCCCGCUCGGGUACGGCACAAAUAACUGUCCUGGUCCUGGACGUCAAUGACAAUGCACCCACCUUUGACCGCACCACGUACAAGGUGCAAGUGCCAGAAAACAUGCCUGUGGGUGCCCUGCUCCUCCAGCUCAAUGCGUCUGACCCUGAUGAGGGCCCCAAUGGGGAGACGCAGUACUCCUUUGGGGUUCACACCUCUGACUCCGUUCAGAGGCUCUUCACCCUGGAUCCCCACAGUGGCGAGGUCCGGGUGAGUGGGGCCCUGGACUUUGAGGAAUCACCUUUCUAUGAGAUUUAUGUGCGAGCCCAUGAUGGAGGGAUCCCAGAGAUGGAGGGCCACUGUGUACUGCAGGUGGAAGUGGAGGACGCCAAUGACAACCCCCCAGAGGUGCUGCUCACCUCCCUGCUGAACCCGGUGCCAGAAGACACCCCACUGGAGACUGUUGUGGGGCUCUUCAAUGUACGUGACCGAGACUCAGGAGCCAACGGGGAUGUGAGCUUGGAGAUCUCUCCUGAUGUGCUGCCUUUCACCAUCAGGUCCCUUCAGAACCACUUUUCCCUGGUCACCCGGGACACCCUGGACCGAGAGUCCAUCUCACAGUAUGUAGUGGAGCUGGUCGCCCAGGAUGGUGGGUCGCCUGCCCUCACCACAAUGCUCACACUGCUCCUCAACAUAUCUGACGUGAAUGACAACCCCCCGCGCUUCUUGCAGCCCUCCUACAAUGCCUUCCUCCCAGAGAACAACCCACCUGGCUCCCUGCUGUGCACUGUCUCUGCCUCGGACCCCGAUGAAGGGGAUAAUUCCCGUCUUGUUUACUCUAUAGAAAGUGGCCAAGUGCAGGGUGCCCCGACCUCUUCCUUCAUCCACAUCAACCCUGAGAAUGGCAACCUCUACACUCAGCGCACCUUUGACUUUGAGCUGCUGCAGGUUCUGCCGGUCUCUGUGGCUGUGUGGGACUCAGGGUACCCCCCGCUCCAUGCCAAUGUUACUGUCUACAUCUUUGUGCUGGACCAGAACGACCAUGCCCCUACCAUCCUGCAACCUGCCAGUGAUAGCAAUGACCAGACACCCCAGAGGGUCCCACUGUCUGCCCCACCAGGCUACCUGGUCACCAAGGUGACAGCAGUGGACGCAGAUGCCGGACACAAUGCCUGGCUCUCAUACCGACUGCUGCCGCAGUCCACUGACCCCUCUUUGUUUCGUGUGUCUCUGUACACUGGGGAGGUGCGGACGGUGCGUGCCCUCCAGGACACUGAUGCGGCAACACAUCAACUCAUUGUCCAGGUGACGGACAACGGUGACCCACCGCUCUCCACCACUGUCACCAUCACCGUGGCCCUGGAGGAGGCAGCCCUGGAGGAGAUUUACAAGCCUCGGGAUUUCCUGGCUGGUGUCAAGGAGAAGCCGGACCUGACCCUCUACCUGAUCAUCGCCCUGGCAGCCAUUAGCACUGUGGCGCUCGCCACUGUCACCCUCCUGGCCACCCAGUGCCUUCGGCGCAGAGGCCGUGCCACCUCUUCGCACUGCAGCUGCUGCUGGCUCAGCCAGUCGCCCUCCCGGGACUUCAAACACUCCAGCCCCAAGCUCCAGCUCAGUUCCGACGGCACCCUUAAGUACAUGGAGGUCACCUUGCGACCCACCGACUCCCAGUCCCAGUACUACAGCACCUGCUUCUCCUCCGGCUCCGACCGGAGCGACUUCACCUUCCUGCGGCCUUGCCCGCCCCCUGCAACCCCACCGAGGGAAACCGGAGCUUUCCUCUCCGCAACCGGUACGCUGCGGGACCGCGGCCAGCAAGCUCAGCCUAACACAGACUGGCGCUUCUCUCAGACCCAGAGACCUGGAACAAGUGGCUCCCAGAAUGGAGAGGAAGGUGGAGCCUGGCCGAACAACCAGUUUGACACAGAGGUGCUCCAAGCCAUGAUCCUGGCUUCAGCAAAUGAAGCUGCUGACGGCAACUCGACCCUGGGUGGCGGAACGGGCACCAUGGGGUUGAGCGCCCGCUACGGCCCCCAGUUCACCCUGCAGCACGUCCCUGAUUACCGGCAGAACGUCUACAUCCCGGGCAGCACUGCCACCCUCACCAAUGCUGCUGGCAAACGCGAUGCCAAGAGUGCUAGCUCCUCGGGAGGCAACAAGAAAAAAUCCGGGAAGAAAGAGAAGAAGUAGAGAAGAAGAAGGAGACCUUAGAGCUACAGGGCAGCUGGCUUUAGCACUCCCCCAAACCACAGCCCAGGCCAGAGGACGAAUGUGAAUUUUUUGUGAUGUAAAAAGUAGGAAAUGCUGCGAAUGUAUCUCAUCAUCAUCAGAGCUAGGAGCAGAGUCUUGCUGCUGUUAGAUUUCAUGAUGAAAACCAAUCCAGAAGCUAAACUGUACACAAAGAAGUGCCCUGUGAAUACUUGCUAAUGUUUUAUACAUCCCUUGGGUAUUAGAAUAUGCAAGGGUAGAAGGUCUUCUGCCACAUCUUUGUAUCUGAUUUGCUCCCAGAUAGUCUGAGAAAGGCACAAGGCUUGUGCUCAUCUUUGCCCAGUGUAAAUAAUUUUAAAGCAGAUCUUUCAAUUCAUAGACCUUCGACCAUUAUUUGGAAAGGAAAAGGAAGUUCCUGGCUUAGAGCCCAUGCUCCAGAUCUUUGCUCUUAAACUUUCCAUUAGUAAAAUUCACCCCCAGUUAAUGAUAGCGAUGGAUUUGUUGCUGAGAAGUUGGUAGAGUGUGCUUCAGUUCCUGCUUACCUGUUACCUGGGAAAAAAAAAAGUGUUUAUAUUGCAUGAGUCAAAGGGAAUAUGACAAAACUGCAUCAUAAACAUUUUUUUAAAGUGCAACCACUGAUGGCCUGAAAUAUGAGAGAGAAAAAAAAAACCAAAAAACAAACCAACCCACACCAAAACCCCUUCUGAUGUCUGAGAGGUAGAGAAUUCAAUGAGGAGUGUGCCAAGGUGUGCGGCAGCUGCCCCAGCAGUUCUAGGGGUCUCCGAAGAGCAGACACAUCUCAUCCUUUCUUUGCAGUAAAUAUUUAUAUGUACAGUCAAUGUUCUUCUGGAAUUAAAGCUAAGAGAGUCUCACUCUCCUGCAGCCAGGCUCCUUCAGGCAGCUGUCUGGCCGAGUCCCGGCCAAGGGGACCAGGGAGGGAGAUGAUGCUUCACAUUUCUGCACACCGCAUCUGCAUGCAUGUCCUUCACCCCACACCUGCACUAGCACAGUUAGCUUCACAGACCCAGAGAAGUCUUGCAUGCCCAUGCAGCGUGGUGUGAACACACUGGCAGCCACCCCAGCCUCCGUGCUGGGGCUGCUUUGGGGGAGGGGGGAGAAUCAGUCAAGUGGGAUGGGGAGACUCAUCUCUUCUUAUUUGGGGUGUGGACCCCAGAUAAGGGGGUUACUUGAGGUGUCACCCAAAGGGGUGAGAUCUGUGGAGCUGCUGGCACAUGACUUUGGUGCAGAAUUGGUGAGCAAGUAAGUGGCAAUUGGUUUGGUGGAGCUUGGGGACCAGACCCAGAGAAGGGACCCGAGGGCUGGGGGGUAUGAAGUGAUGCUGCAAAGCCAGUGAGCCGGGGUGACAAGGCAGGGAUGUCUCAAGGGACCAUGCUGGGCCAGACCAGAGAAGGUGAUGUUCCUGCUGGCUUUGGGCUUUCCACCCCAUGGAGGGAAUUGAAGGAUGAGGAAUAGGGUUUCUCCAUGUGCCCAUCUCCCUUGCAUCAGGCCAGCUUCCCAUAUCAAAGCAUCUCUGAGUCCCCCCAGGGAGGCAGAGGGGGACUUUAGGUAGCCAGAUGGAGGAGAGAGACUGUGGGGUGGCCAGGAAGGGGCCAUGCCAGGUAUCCCAGGGGGUGUGCAUAGUUUUUUCCCUUUUUAAUCACUAACUUGUAACUCACCCGAGCAGAUCCAGCCCUCUUGGCCAGGCUCUGGCAUGGCAGCAGUCACCCCAUCGCUUCCCCCUCCCCAAACCCAGGGCAGCAGCAGCAUCCGCCAUGUUUCUUCUGGAUCUCGCCACCUCCGGUGCUGGCUGCACUGGGAGCAGUUCCCACCAUGUCCCCUGCAGCUGCCACUUGUCCCCCUCUAGAAAUGCUGUAGUUGAAUUGUAGUCUUUAUAUUUCUUUUUAAUCUGCAAUCUGAGGUAGCAUAGUGAGUGUUGUGUAUUUAGUGGUGUGUUAUUUUUAAUCUCGGUAACUAAUUUGUGGACACCAGUAUUUUCAAUUUUCUCUGUAUCUUCUUUCCAUGUGGUCUGUGCUCCAAGUGUACGUGAGAUGAAACAUGUUUGCCCUUUCAAUGUGUCUAAUAUUGAAUUAUACUUAUAUAUUAUAUAUAUGCUUAUAUCCUUCUUAUACCCAUAUAGACCAAUGUCGAUGUGCUACAUGCAAGUUUUAUACUCUAAUAUUUAUAUUGCUUUUUUUCUUUGGGAAAAAAAAAUAAUAAAAUGGUUUCUUCUGAAUAAA